UUAAAUUAAUUUUGCUAUGGCAACCUGCAUGUCUUCUCUUGACAUUAACAUUUUCGACGAACACCAUUAUAACGGAGGAUGUUUAGUUAGAACUUAUUAUUUUACUCACAUCCUACCUGGCAAAUCUGUUCGACUCCCUCCAGAUCCUCAAGCAACCAUUUACGAUUGGUUGUUCCUCAAGAAAGUUGCUAGAAAGACCAAAAAAACUAAACAUGUCAAAACCGAAGUUCCUUACAAUUACGAAGAUUGCAAGCCAAAGCGGGAAUGGUCAAAUAACGAGGAUGAAUACGAUUCUGAUGACUGUUCUUCGCAUGGCAUUCUUCUUAAAGCGUUGCAGAGAAAAGCGGAAUGGGGAAUCCAUUUAAAAGAACUUAGAGCUACUAUCGAAACAUUUAGAAUUGGGAUCAAAAAUAGGGUAUCGGAGAUGAGGAAACGACCAAAGAGGCGCCAUAGGAUCGAUAAGAAAAAAGGUAUUGCACUUCAACGCGUUUUUAAUCGCAAUUGCUGCGAAGAAAUGUUAAAAUGGUUGACCGAAACUUCUGAUGAAAUGUCUAAUCAACAAGCCAAUUGUUGAAUUCCUUCCAAUCAAAUUCCUCUUCUUUGAAAAACGUAUUAAUCUCUAAUUAUUAAUCGCACCCAAGUUUUUGAAUUCAAUUCGUUUAAAUACGCUGUGCGAUCAACAUAUACAAAAAGAUUUUUUAUUUUAUAUUUAUUAUUACCUAUAUCUUAGUGAGUAUUAGAAAAAUAAUUAUGAAUCGUUAUCCGCCACCUUUAAUACUCAAGAAACGUCACAAUCGUGCCAAAAAAGAUUACAGUCGGCGUUGUUGUGCUAAAAAGGUCACGUUUCAAGGAUUAGAUUCAUCGAGCAGCGAUUCAUCAUCAAACAGCUCAGAAUACACCGUUGAAUCGUUUGAUCUUUUGCCACUCGUUGGAUCAGCAAAGUCAAUUUCGGUUAAUGAGGAAUAUUACCCGAUUGACCUUUCAAGAUACAAAGUUUCGGCAAUACCAUUAGCACCGAAAAAUAAGGUAUUUUAUUGGUUAGAAGCGCACGAAGAGGAAUUUGAGAAGCAACUUCCUAAAGAUUUAUAUGAGAACGAAAAUUGUUCCACUUGUUUUAAUGGAUGCUUUAAAUUAUUUUUAACAUA